GGCUCAGCCGCCGCCCCAGGAAGCGCCCAGAGCCCGGCACACAUAGCGGUCCCGUCCCGCUGAGCACCAGGCCAUGGCGGAGGCGGCCGGCCACCCCGGCUUCGAGGAGCAGGAGGAACUCCUGGUGGACGAAGGAGGCGCAGGGCUCGCCACGCAGUGGAGCCUGGACGACGAGGAGGAGGCCGCGCGGGAGCGACGUCGGCGGGAGCGAGACGGGCACCAGAGGGCCCAGGACCAGGACGGAGGCAGCCCGUCCCCGGAGCCCCGAGAGCAGGAGGAGCUGCUGAAGGCCUCGGAGGCCCCAGAACUGGAGGAGGACGAGGGGUUCGGUGACUGGGCCCAGAAGCCAGAGCUGCGGCAGCCCCUGCAGGGAAAGAGCCCAGAGGGGGAGCAGGAGGCCAGGCCCUGUAGACACCAGAAUGGUGACGAGCUGCAUCCAGGCAGAGUCAACCUGGAGGAGCUACAUCUGAACCCCGACUCCGAGCCCCAGGACGAGCCAGGGCCAGAGCAGGCAGAGCCCGUGGGCCCAGAGGAGACCGGCCGGGGCAGCCCGGGCCCAGCAGAGGCUGAGGAGGCUGAGGAGCACCAGCAACGUCAGCGGCCCAGGGCGCCCAGCCCCUUGCUCUUGGAGGAGACCACCGAGCCGAGCUCGCCUCCCCUGAGCCCCAGCACCAAGCUCAUCGACAGAACCGAGUCCCUGAGCCGCUCCAUCAAGAAGAGCAACAGUGUGAAGAGGUCCGAGCCAGCCCUGCCCAUCUCCAAGAUUGAUGACCGGCUGGAGCAGUACACCCAGGCCAUCGAGACUGCUGGCCGGAACUCCAAGUUAGCUCGCCAGCCCUCCAUCGAGUUGCCCAGCAUGGCUGUGGCCAGCACCAAGAGCCGGUGGGAGACGGGAGAGGUGCAGGCCCAGUCUGCUGCCAAGAGCCCCUCCUGCAAGGACAUUGUAGCUGGAGACAUGAGCAAGAAAAGCCUCUGGGAGCAGAAAGGAGGCUCCAAGACUUCGUCGACCAUUAAGAGCACCCCAUCUGGGAAGAGAUACAAGUUUGUGGCCACCGGACAUGGGAAGUACGAGAAGGUGCUGAUGGACGAGGGCUCGGCGCCCUAAGCCUUCCCUCUCGCUGUCCUGAGCCGGGUGCAGGCUGGGGGCUCCCUCCACACUCCCCACCCAUUCUCCCGGGGAGUCCAGCCAGAUGCCCACCCAGCCCUGCCGAAGAAGCCGCUUCCCAUUGCCUGCCUGGCUGCCCACACCCCUCCAACACCUGCCACUGCCACCACCUCUGUCCCUGGACCUCCGGCCUCUCUCCCCUCUGCUCCCUGACCCACCGGCUCUGCCUCUCACAGCCCGGGAGGAAUGGGAUUCUCACUGGUGCGUGGCUAAGGGGACCAUCCCCAGAGGCCACACACCCACGAGGCAGGGGUGUCCUGUGCAGAGAGCACACCAGCCAGGGGACAUCCCCGUCAGGAGCCACCGAUGCCUGUGCAGGACACUCCGGCCCUGCGUCCCUCCCUGCCUCCUGCUUGCAGCCCCUUCAUUUGUGCAAUAAAGCUCUUUCUGUCCCCACA